CUCCUUUUCCAUAACCUUGGUUUAGCUAUAUUUCCGCAUAUACAAGAUGUUUCAAAUCCCCCAUAUUGUCCCAAACAUCAUUGACAACCUCAAAAAUGGUUCCAGUAAGAAGAUCAAAGGAACCGUGGUGCUGAUGAAGAAUAAUGUGUUGGAUUUCAACGACUUUCAUGCUUCUGUUGUCGACCGUGUGCAUGAGUUGUUGGGUCAAGGCGUUUCUUUGCAACUCAUUAGUGGUGAUUCUUCAUAUGGAUCGCAAGGGAAACUCGGAAAAGUAGCAUAUUUGGAAAACUGGAUUACUACACUCGGUCCCGUAACAGCAGGAGAGACUGCAUUCAAGGUUACCUUUGACGUUGAAGGAGAAAUUGGAGUUCCAGGAGCAUUCAUAAUAAGAAACAAUCAUAACAGUGAGUUCUUCCUUAAGACAGUCACACUCGAUGAGGUUCCUGGUGCUGGUCAGAUCCUCUUUGUAUGCAACUCAUGGGUAUACCCUGCUUCCAAGUACAAGAAGGACCGUAUUUUCUUUGCUAACAAGACGUAUCUUCCAAGUGACACUCCAUUGCCGCUGCGUCAAUACAGACAACAGGAACUUGAACAGUUAAGAGGAAACGGAAAAGGAGAGCUUAAGGAAUGGGACAGGGUUUACGACUAUGCUUUGUACAAUGAUCUCGGUGACCCAGACAAGGGUUCAAAAUAUGUCCGUCCAAUUCUUGGAGGGUCUAGCCAGUUCCCUUACCCGCGUCGAGGAAGAACUAGUCGACCACCAACAAGAACAGAUCCCAACAGUGAGAGUAAGCUGCCUCUAGUUGAUACGAUGCGCUUAAACAUUUAUGUGCCAAGAGAUGAAAGAUUUGGACAUUUGAAGAUGUCCGACUUCCUUGCUUAUGCACUGAAAGCUUUGGCUCACUCCGUUAGACCAGCACUACAAGCUAUGUUCGAUUUAAAGUUAACUCCCAAUGAGUUUGAUAGCUUUGAAGAGGUUCUCAACCUGUAUGAAGGAGGGUUUCCAUUACCUGAAGGUUUUCUGAAGAAUAUUAGGGACAACAUUCCUUUGCCAAUGAUCAAGGAAAUUUUCCGAACUGACGGUGAACGAUUCCUUAAAUUUCCAGUGCCUAGUGUGAUCAAAGAGGAUAAGACUGCUUGGAGGACGGACGAAGAAUUUGCUAGAGAAAUGUUGGCUGGGGUCAACCCUAUCAAUAUCCGUCGACUCCAAGUGUUUCCACCAGCGAGCAAACUAGACCCAAGAGUUUAUGGUGAUCACAGAAGUACCAUAACAGAAGAACACAUCAAGCAUAACUUGGAUGGGCUAACGGUGCACCAGGCACUCAAAGACAACAGGUUAUUCAUACUAGACCAUCAUGAUGCCUUCAUGCCUUACCUGAGGAAGGUAAACUCAUCAACAGAUAAUAGGAUCUAUGGCAGUAGAACCCUCCUUUUCUUGAAAAAAGAUGGGACUUUGAAGCCAUUGGUGAUCGAACUGAGCUUGCCUCAUCCCGAAGGAGAUCAAUUUGGCUGCACUAGUAAAGUGUACACACAAGCUGAACAUGGUGUUCAGAGCUCGAUAUGGCAACUAGCUAAGGCCUAUGUGGCUGUAAAUGACACUGGAUCUCAUCAACUUGUCAGUCACUGGUUGAAUACCCAUGCUGUCGUUGAGCCGUUUAUAAUAGCCACCAACAGGCAGCUGAGCGUGCUUCAUCCAGUUCACAAACUUCUGCAUCCUCACUUCCGUGACACCAUGAAUAUAAAUGCACAGGCUAGGCAAGUUCUCGUUAAUGCUGGUGGCGUUCUGGAGGCUACAAUCUUUGCAGAUAAGUAUGCCUUGGAAUUUUCAGCUACAGCUUAUAAGAAUUGGAUUUUCCCAGACCAAGCUCUACCUGCAGAUCUAAUCAAGAGAGGGGUGGCUGUUGAAGACGCCAAUUCUCCACACGGUAUUCGCCUACUGAUAGAGGACUACCCAUUUGCUGUUGAUGGAUUGAAUAUUUGGUCUGCAAUAAAAACUUGGGUGACAGAUUAUUGCUCCUUCUACUACAAGACUGAUGAUAUGGUCCAACAAGAUAUUGAACUUCAGUCAUGGUGGAAGGAACUUGUGGAGAAGGGUCAUGGUGACAAAAAGAAUGAACCUUGGUGGCCUAAAAUGCAAACUCUUGACGAGCUCAUCGAAACAUGCACUAUUGUCAUUUGGACUUCUUCGGCUCUCCAUGCAGCCGUCAACUUCGGACAGUUUCCUUUGGCAGGAUACAAUCCGAACCGGCCAACUAUAAGCAGAAGAUUCAUGCCUGAGAUUGGAACCCCAGAAUUUGAAGAGCUCAAGACCAACCCUGAUUUGGCUUUCUUGAAAACUAUCACUGAUCAGCUUCAUACUCUACUUGGUGUUUCGUUGCUGGAAAUUUUAUCUAAGCAUGCUAGCGACGAAGUUUAUUUGGGGCAGAGAUACACACCUGGAUGGACAUCGGACACAAAAGUCUUGGAAGCCUUCGAAAGGUUCGGAAAGAGACUAGCUGGAAUUGAGGAUGGUAUUAUGCGAAUGAACAAUGACGGGAAGCUGAAGAACCGAGUUGGACCGGUUAAGGUGCCUUAUACUUUGCUCUAUCCCACCAGUGAAGCUGGACUUUCUGGCAAAGGAAUCCCUAAUAGUAUCUCGAUCUAA